CAGCCCCAGAACACCUGCUCAGGCAAAGCCGGCGACUCCCUCCCCCCUCUCACACGCCCGCGACGCCUGAAUCGACCAUGAACUUGGUACUGGGACCAGUCCACAUUCCUACCCCUCGGCCGGCUAUAAUUACCCCCAGGCCACCGCCCGCGCGCGCGCAUUCCCGGUCUCACACACACCCGCCAGCAGAGAGGGGUACCGCCGUGCCCUACCGGGGGGAGGGGAGGCGGAGGCCGCCGCGGAGAGCCGCACGGGACUAAGCUGCGACGCUCGACGAUCCCAUCCUCUCCGGGGAGCUCCUCGAUCGGGAGCUGUUCGAGCGAUCAAGCCCUCCCUUGCAUUCCCUGAGCAAUCCGAAACUGCACCCCCGGGUUCACGAGACAGGAACUCGAGCCUCCAGAUAUGGCACCACGAGGAAGAUCUCCGAAGCAUGUGUGCAACAAGUGCUAUAAGAACUUUCCUUCAGGGAGGGCUCUUGGAGGCCACAUGUCACUCCACUGGCGCAAAGUGAAGCAGCCAAAGGGAACACCAAGCCCUCCUGCCACUGUUGUCGACUUGAAUGUGUCGCUGCUGAGUCCAAGUGAUGAGGAGAUUUUGCUGUGGUUCUCAGGAACACAAUGCCAGCUGUGCUCAAAGGUGUUCUCUGCCUGCGAUUCUCUGAGGAAGCACAUGAGAGAGCAUGGGGAGAAGAACGUCCUGAGUAAGCCCGUCGAAGAAGCAGCUGGGCUGAUGGAAGCUCGGGCCAUUGCUGGUGGUGGCUGCAAUGUCCUGUUAUCCCCUGUGAAGCGCAAGCGGUCAAAGAGGGGGGCACCACCACUCAAGUUUAAUGAGAUGGAUGCUGCAGCCUCUCUCCUGCUGCUUUCAGAGCAUUCUAGCAAGAUUUCAGCUAAUGAAGAUUGCUAUACAGAAGUUAUGGACAGUUUGCCCCCCAAUGUGUCGAAGGAUGUGAAGCUGAAUGCUUUUGGUCAUCAACUGGUUCGAUCUGCUGAGUUCAAGAAGCCGAAAGGUUGCAAGUGUUCAUCUUAUGAUAUUUGCUAUGGGCAAUGUGUUAUGGACACCAACUUGAUCCCCAAUGUUGCCAAGGAAAAAACUUUGAUCCCUAACAUUGCCAAGAAUUCAGCUUGUGAGGAUUGCUUUGGACAAUGUGAGAAGGACAGCAGCUUGAUCCCCAAUGUUGACAAGAAGGAAAGAAGUUUGAUCGCCAAUAUUCCUGAGAAGGACAACACCUUGAUCUCCAUUGUUCUUGAGGAGGUAGAGCUGAAUGUGCUUGAUCAUGUGCUGGCUGGAGAUGCUGAGCUUAGGAAGAAGCAAAGAACUGACAAUUCAGUUGAGAUGAAGUGUGCUGAUCUUUCAGCUGCAGUGAAGGUCAAGAGGCACCAGUGUAAUGCCUGUGGGAAGUCAUUUGGGUCAGGGUCAGCGUUGGGAGGCCACAUGAGGUGGCACCUUCCUAGAUCCAAUGAUCGCCGUCAUGGGUUCGCCGAAAGCCCUGAUUCUGUUGUGAUGAAAGAGCAAAAGCAGAAGCUUGAAUUGGGCGCCAAGUUUCUUGAUCUCCGACUUCCAGGUCUCACUGACAUCACUAUUUUCUCGGGCUUGAAAUCUGAACCUGAGCCGUGGCGUGUUGCAAGCAGUGUUCACUGAGCCAAUGCCGAUGCACACAGUCAUCUGAACUGCUACAGUCCCUUCACUUUUGUGUAUAGUCAAUCAGCCUGAUAGCAAAACUUCCAAUUUGUCCAUUUGUAAAUAGUCACAAGCUUUGCACUGAUCCUUCUCUUGACCGGCAAAUUUUCAUGGCAGUAAAGGCCAAGGAUCUUAUGCAGUUGCUUGGUUGCUGCACAGUACAGCACCUUUGCUCAGUUGAAUGCACAAGCAUGAGAUUGUGUCAUUCAGCACUAACUAAUGAUCUGGAGUUGCCUAACUGCCAUAUACUCUCUCCUUGCACACAUUUGUUUCUGUAAAUGUUCAUAUCUUGAAAUGGUUCUGCAAUAAAAGAGAAGCUGGUCAGAA